AUGAGAUGCCUUCAACUUGCGCUUACUUUGUUGACGGUGGCUCUUGCCGCCGCUCAGGCCACAGUUGAGGAGACGACAGAACAGUUUGUCAAAUCUCUGCUGACACACACCAACAACUGGGCUGUCCUCGUCCUGACGUCACGAUUCUGGUUUAACUAUCGACACAUGGCAAAUGUGCUCAGUCUCUACAGAACGGUGAAGCGAUUAGGGAUUCCUGACCUGCAAAUCAUUCUCAUGUUAGCGGAUGAUAUUGCUUGCAACCCCCGUAACGCGUUUCCGGGAACUGUCUUCAACAAUAUGGAUCAAGCGAUUGAUUUGUAUGGUGAUCUGAUUGAGGUUGACUACCGGGGAUAUGAGGUUACCGUGGAAAACUUCGUUCGGUUACUCACCGACAGAUGGGACGAGGACCAACCUCGAUCGAAGCGGUUACUCACAGACGAAAACUCAAAUAUUUUUAUUUACUUGACAGGCCAUGGAGGCAAUGAGUUUUUGAAGUUUCAGGAUGCUGAAGAGAUUGGCGCCCACGACAUUGCAGAUGCUUUCGAGCAAAUGUUCGAGAAGAAGCGAUACAAUGAGAUCCUUUUCAUGAUUGACACUUGUCAAGCUAACACUAUGUAUAAGCAUUUCCACUCGCCCAAUAUCUUGGCUGUUGGUUCUCUGGAGUAUGAGGAGCUGUCUUACUCUCACCAUUCAGACAUGGACAUCGGGGUGGCAGUUAUUGACCGUUUCACUUAUUAUACUUUGGACUACCUCGAAAAGAUCGUCAAGAACUCUUCUGAAACAAUGAGAGAUUUACUCAGUGUUUACACUUUCGAGAACAUUCAUUCUAAUGCCGGUUGGCGUACGGAUUUAUUCAAGCGUCCCAUGGAAGAAGUGAAGUUAACCGAUUUCUUCGGUAACAUUCAGGAAGUGGUUGUUGACAACGUUGAGGACGAUUUGUUGUACAUUGCCAACCAUGAUGAAUUAGGCAAUCGCGUUGCACCAAUUAAGCAUUCUAAACCCAAGCUUAACUACACAUUGGCAAAGGUGACAUACGUGGACGAUUCUGUCGACCAAAUUGCCGUGUACGUUACUCCCACAAAGAUGCGCAUAUUGAGCGCGUUGGGUAUAUUGUCUUUGGCAUUCUUGUGGUGGGUAGUGAAGUAA